GAAGUACUUGUCGCGUGUGAUAUGAACCACAUUCUGGUCCUUUGCAUGUAUAGUGCGUCCCCUUACCACCCAGCCGAUCAUCAUUUACUGUGAUGGUGUACGUGUUUGUGUCAUUCAAGAUCCUAGAAAUUUAAAUGUGAAUCGGUAGUGUGAGCGAGAGGAUAGAUCGCUGAAAAAAAGCGAGGAUACGCAGUGUGAAAGGCAAAGGAGCGCGCCCGAAAAAAGGGAAAAAUUUAAAAGUGCUGCAGGAAAACGUAUCGCAAAGAGAACAAGAGCUGAAAAGCAAGUAAUGUGUAAGAAUUUGUUGCCCGUCCGUUUUCCACGAUGGGAAAAUCAAAGUUUCCCGGUAAACCGUCGCGUUUAGUGAACAAGAAGCGGGUUUCGGUUCUGUCCAGUGCUGGGUUGAAUACCCUUGCCAGCAGUGGCAGUAGCGAUGAGGAUAACAACCAGAACCAGCAGCAGGAAAAUUCGACGACGACGGAAAAGUUAAACCAACAGUCACUACUACAGGCACAACAGCAGCAGCAGCGCCAACAGCAGCAACAACAACACAAGCAGCCGUCACCGAAGGUAUCAACGUUAUUAGACAAUGAAGAAAUUGAUCAAGAUGGCGAUGAUGAUGUUAGUAAGCACGCUGCCGACGAUUCGGAAAACGGCGAGGACGACGAUGACGAAGAUGACGAUGAUGAAGAUGACGACGACGAUGAGGAGGACGACGAGGAGGAUGACGAAGACGAAGAUGAAGGCGAUAACGACGCGGAAGAGCGUAACGGGACCGAUCAUCAUGAGGGACGCGAUGGUGAAGACCGAAACGGAGAUCGACAGGAAAGUCCCAACCAUCCGGCCGAGCAAAAGGAUGACGAAUGCCCUACCAAUGGAGCCGAAAGUAAAGUGUCUACCUUGAAUAGCAACGAUAAACAGACGCCGCUUACGCAACCGCCAACCGGAAAUAGCUUCGAAAUGAAACCAUCCUCGUUGUCCGCCAUCAGCUCGACGUUGAAUAAACCCAUCGUCCCGAAGGAGCCGCCCGUAGAGCAGUCUACACCUAGCAGUGAGCCGACAAUGACCACCUCGUCGUCAAGUUCAGGCGAAAACGUGGCGCCAAACGACGCGGACACCAACAAUGUGGAUGUGCCUGUGAAACCGAAAAAGAAAACCGUCACUUUUCACACUACCCUGGCAACAAGUGAUGAAAAUAUGGUGAAAAAAGUGUACAAUCCUGCAAUCGUUCCGUUGAUUCCGAUAAUUAAGAAAGAAUGUUUGGCGCGUCCAAUUCGACUCAAAAAGAGUUUUAAUCGUAAAAUGAAGAAACGUCUCCAACGGUUAGCUAUGCAAGCUGCAUCUGCUGCAGCAAAAUCCGAGUGUAUAGUGCGGCCGUCGCGGCUAACGGAAAUUGUGUUGAAAUCAAGCAAGCUUGAUGAAGCAACCGCUUCAUCGGAACCGACGUCCAGUUUUUCGGCUGGUUCGAAUAAUGCAACGUCCGGAGAGAUACGUUCAGUAACGCCAUCUCAAGACGCCGUUUCUUUUGGUGCUAGUGGGGAUCCUUCGGAAGCUCGAAAUCUUGCCAGUGGUGGAACCCAGUUCGGUGAUAAACGGUUCAUCUUGCCGAAACGAAGUGCUCAUUCUAGUCGUGUGAUCAAACCCAACAAGCGAUUUCUGGACGAGUUUGAGUUGGAAAUCAAGAAGAAAAAUAAGAAUCUCGCAGCAGCUCAGGCAGCAGCGGCGGCGGCAGCGACGGCGGCUGUGGCCACAGCGGCUACCCCAACCGGUUCCUCGUCAUCUUCCAGCAGUGCCAAUGUUGGGAAAAUCUGUAGUAAAGAAAACAGUGAUGAUAAAAGUAAUUUCUUUGGUGAUAAGUUCUUCAAGAAUGAAGCGUGCUCGAAGAAUGAAGAAGAUGAUAGUUCGAAAUCUUGUGAUGAUAAUGUUAGUGAAAAGAGUGAAGAUGGUAAGAAGAAGCGAGAGAAGGUGAAAAAGGAUACGCAAGAGCAAGGCAAAAAGGCGGGAAAAGUGGAUGGAAAAGAUCUGCUGGACCCUGCAGACGGCGAACCUAUCCGUUCGGCUAGCAGUAUCAGCAAUCCAUUUGCAAAAGCCACCUUGCCGGAUAACAACAACAGCAGUAUCAGCAGCAACAACAGCAACACCCCGACCAACCCGCUGCUGUUGGUCAAACCAUCAGUGCUCUCUUCCACCACAUCUAGUCUUUCAUCGCCCAGUGCAUCGAGCAAUCCCAGUGCCGGCUCAGCGUCUAUUUCAUCAAUAUUCGGCAAAAGCAUACUUCGACAACCCCGGCUGCAAUUUACAACUUCUUUGCUGAAUUCGAAUCCUUUGGCUGCUACGGCUACGAAUGCCAGCGCAGCGCCGUCCCCAUCAACUGCAGCAGUCGGCAAGAGUAGUCCAACUACUGCAUCAUUAUCAACAUCGGCAUCAUCAUCGUCACCACCGUCAUUAUCCUCUUCUCUAGUGCCAUCCGCUGUAACCGACGGACCGUUUUCACUACACCUGAAACCAGGAACCAAUCUGGAUUCAUCGAAAAUUUUCUCCAGUGCAUUAACGGCGGCACUCGUGUCCAGUGGCUCUUCAGUCGGUACACCAUUAGCUUCAGCAACCGUCAGUUCCAGUUGUAGUAUUUGCGGAAUAGCCGCUAACAGCCGGUAUUACCAACAAGCUACGAAAAAAUUUGGAGUCAGUUGUUGCGAUGUUUGUCGCAAAUUUAUAUCGAAGAUGAUAAAAAAGUUAGCGAGUUCAUCAAGUCCAACUCACGGAAAUGGUACGAUGAAAUGCAAAAACGAAGGAAAAUGCUCAAUCGGUCCACCGACCGUUACGCGACCAGAUCACGUGAAAACUAGACACAUUUUCAAGGAGCGUUGUCAUGCUUGCUGGUUGAGAAAAUGUCUGAUAGGUUUCCAGGUUCCCCCAGUAUUAAAAGUACGUCUUACUCAGACGCUGCCAGCCAGUUUGCGGCAAUUCGAAAACCAGACUAGUAGUGUGUCUCUGAUCAAAAGAGAAAGCAUAGAAAACAACAUAUUUUCGAGCAGUUUGUCCAGCAGUAGUAAACCAUCGUUAGCUUCCAGAGGGCUCUGGAAUGUUAGCGGUGGGGAUAAACCAGAGUUCGGCAAAGCUAACCCGUUCCAAACGCUCGCGAAUCCAUUGGCACAAAAUAACUCUACUUUUGGCAGUUUACCAUCAAUCAAGCUCAACAUUAGCGACAAACCCGCCAUCAUGGCGCCUAGCUCAAUGAGCAGUCCAAAGGAUAACAAAAACCCAUCAACUGAGUCGAGUGAGCAACCUACUGUUCCGGAGAAGGAGAAGAGAGAUUCUGAUGAGACUGAGCCGACGGAGGUAGCUGUCAACAGCAUCCGGACUAGGAGUAAAACAGAAGCUGCUGCGAAUGCUGCCAUUGCUGGCGAGAUUACUCCUACUUCAGUGGCAACCAGCAGUACCGUGGCAACUUCGACAAAUGCUAGCUCAACGACAACUGUGACAGCGGCAGCUGUCACGGAUACUUCCUCCACAGUUCCAGGUGACAAACGACAACGAAUAGACUUGAAGGGACCUCGCGUGAAACAUGUAUGUCGUAGUGCAUCUAUCGUUCUUGGACAGCCGCUAGCCACCUUCCCUGAUGACGAAAACGAUGCAACAGCGGCAACAUUAGAAAACAUUGAAACACCACCCAGUGAUAGCGCAGCCGACGUAACUGAUCAGCUUCCGGAAACUCCGCUGCGUCCAACGACUCCCAAAAUAAAUGACGAUUAUCAGUGCACUGAAUGUAAGGAGCCGGAGAACUUAACACUAAGCCCACCGGUUACUCCAGUGGCGGAUGCCGACACCAGUGGGUCUACCGAAAAAGAAUUGGUUAUCGACGAAGAUCAGCUGCUACCGGAAUCCAGUCCAACAGCAAGUCCGACAAAGGAAUUGACAGCAGUUGAAACGGUCGAUAAAGCAGUUGAUGAGCCAACUAUUUCUUCUGAACCAAUAACCAAUGUGAAAAUUGAAAAUGAGAUGAAAGAGAAAGAACAACCGCCGAAAAAGGCAGAAGAGAUCGAAAGGCCAACCACGCGCAAGGCUACCUCUUUGUUCAGGCCGCAAGGAUUGAAACAGAACAUCAACGCUAUCACCAAGAGCUUCAACACAAGUGCGCGAACAGCUGGCCAAGGUCUUGUGGCGGAGCUUCCCAACAUUCCACUUAUUUCGAUUGAUUUUUGGGAAAAUUACGACCCAGCGGAGGUUAGUCGUACAGGUUUUGGUCUAAUCCUGUCGGAAGACGUACCGUUAAAGGCGCUCUGCUUCCUAUGCGGCAGUGCGGGACUGGAUGAGCUGCUGUUUUGCGUGUGCUGCUGUGAACCGUACCACCAAUAUUGCGUCAAAGAUGAGUAUAAUAUUCGAACUGGGUCACUAGACGACACCGGCGUGAGCUUGCUGGAGUUGACAACGCAUACCGGACACGGAGGUUCGGUAUCCCCUCACGAACAGGCUCUCAGUCGCUUCAACUGGAUGUGCCCUCGGUGUACGGUUUGCUACACUUGUAAUAUGGCUGCUGGCAGCAAAGUCAAGUGUCAAAAGUGCGACAAGAAUUAUCACACCACUUGCCUGGGAACCAGCAAGCGACUUCUGGGUGCAGAUCGACCUUUGAUUUGUGCCGCUUGUCUGAAGUGCAAAAGUUGUUCGACGACCAACGUUACGAAGUUCAUUGGUAAUUUACCGAUGUGCACGCCCUGCUUUCGGUUGCGGCAGAAAGGUAACUUUUGUCCGCUUUGUCAAAGGUGCUAUGAAGACAAUGAUUUCGAUUUGAAGAUGAUGGAGUGCGGUGACUGUAAACGGUGGGUUCAUGCGAAAUGCGAAGGGCUGACCGAUGAGCAGUACAACAUGUUGAGUGCACUGCCGGAGAAUAUUGAAUUCAUUUGUAAAAAGUGCGGGAAGAACAACGAAAACGGUAAUGUUUGGAGAGAUGCGGUGGCCGCUGAGUUCAAAGCGGGUUUGUUCAGUGUAGUUAAACUGCUUAGUAAAAGCCGGCAAGCAUGCGCACUUCUUAAGUUAAGUCCACGGAAGAAAACAAGCAAUUGCACGUGUUCGGUUAGUUCGGGAAAAAGUAUUAACUUUUUUUCAUUUGGUGCAACCAGUAAGGAUGAGUCGUCCGGUUCCACUUCUAAGAGGGUGAAAUUGGAGCAGGAACAAGAAUCUAUCUACGAUUUUAAUAGUGAGAACAGCAGCAGCAAUUCUAGUUUUCCACCAACUUCCAAGUGUUACUGUUCGAUAAGACCGGUUAAACCGUCGGACAUUAGUUUGGUCGAGAUCAAGCAGAAGAUUAAUGCAUCCGAGUACUAUUCACUUCAGGACUUUAAUUACGAUAUGAACACACUGAUUAAUGCCAUCGGUUCGGAGGAUUUAUCGACUGCGUACAAGGAAUUUCUCAGUGAGACGUUUCCCUGGUUUCAAAAUGAAACCAAAGCAUGUACCGAUGCACUGGAGGAAGCUAUGUGCGGCGAAGAAAUGUGUGAUUACAAUCCGGUUACAACUUCCUCCGACAUGGUUAUGGAUUCCACGGAUCAAAAGGUACCGUCUGGAAUCGACAUUCCUCUGGACGACAUAGGCGACUAUUUUUAUGAGUCGACGGAAGAGCUGAAGGAUAACCGUAUCUGCAUGUUCUGCAAGCAACAAGGCGAAGGACUGCCAAUGCACGAAUCUCGUCUGCUGUAUUGUGGUCAAAAUAAUUGGGUACACACGAACUGUGCUCUUUGGACGGCGGAAGUGUUCGAAGAAAUCGACGGUUCGCUGCAGAACGUUCAUUCGGCAGCCUCCCGAGGCCGCUCGCGAAACUGUCGACACUGUGGCGUAAAAGGUGCUACGGUUCGGUGCAAUGCCAAAAGUUGCGCGGAACACUAUCAUUUUCCUUGCGCACGCCAAGUGGGCUGCACUUUUAUGCAGGAUAAAUCACUUUUCUGUCCGCAGCAUGCAAAUGAAGCCACUCGUAAAAAGUGCGCGAUUGAAAGAAAUUUCGAAAUCAAUCGGUCCGUUUAUGUGGAGUUGGAUAGGCGGAAAAAGAAGUUUGUUGAGCCGGGAAAGGUUCAAUUUAUGAUCGGUUCGUUGAGUGUGAAAAAGCUCGGCCAUAUUGUUCCAAUGUUUUCGGAUUAUUCGGAUUACAUUGUUCCGACUGAUUUCGAGUGCACUCGGCUGUACUGGAGCUGGAAGGAACCGUGGAAAAUUGUGCAGUAUCGCAUUAAGACGACCAUUCAGAAUAAUAACUAUUGCAAUGGGACGGAUUUUGGUCGCAAUUUUACUGUAGAUCACAGUUCGAACCAAAGUCUGGUUCAAUGGGGAUUGACACAGAUCAACCGAUGGCAUCAUAGCUUGAGUACGGGAGAUGAACACGAACUUGAACCGAUCCCGAGCAGUUCUGGAGCGCAUAAUGGUCGCGAGAAGCCGACAAAACACCUGCUGGAAACGGCGACUGGCGAUGAUACAAAUGACGAAGAACCACAAAACAACCAAGACUUGCUACCGCAGGAGAUCAAGGACGCCAUCUUUGAGGAUAUUCCGCAUGAUAUUCUGGACGGUAUUAGCAUGCUGGAUAUUUUACCAAAGCUAAUGACGUACGAUGAUCUGAUUGCGAUGGAUCUCAAGAAUGAGAACAAUUUCAACGCGGAGAUUUUAAAGGAGGUGGGCUUGGGAGGCGUUGGUAAUAGCAGCAGUAACAGUAGCAACAGUAGUGGAGCUACUGGAGGAACUAAAGAUGACGAUAUGGAUGUUGACGAGGAUGAUAUCAACGAGGCAAUCAUGAAAUGUACCAGCAGCGAUCUGAGCAAUGAUGGCUGGAUGAAAAGUAUCAGCAAUCCCGGUAUAGAAGAUGCACUGUUGAGUGCUAUCAAGCAGCCUUCUUCGUGUGUCGGUGGUAAUAGCCGGGAACUGAAGCGGAGUAAAUCUGAUAUCCUAUCACGAGCGGUAUCCGGUGGUCGAGUUUCAACACAACCGCGGUCCGGAAGUUUUUCCUGGAAUUCAAAGUUAGAGACUGUGGCCAAGCGAAGAAAGAUAAGUAAACUUGCCGAUGUUCUCUCACUGGGAAGAAUCAAAGAUGAGUCCUCAAUGCAGGAGAGGCGCAGGUUCAAUACCAGCAGCGAGGAAUUUAACUGGAGUGCUGCCACCAGGAAAAUUAGUGGAGAAACUUUAAGCGAUGGAAUGAGCGUGUUUGAAAAACUUAAGAUUUCCCAACUGGAUGGUAUGGAUGAUUUCUGUGGAGAUGCUGGCGAAGUGAAAAUUUAUUCGACGAGUAUGAUCGAAGCUCCUGUCCGAUGCGAUCGCUGCCACGCUUCCUAUCGUAACCAGGAAUCCUAUCAGAGACAUUUAAGCUCCUGCGAAGUUCUUUCGACUAGCGAAAGUGAUUCGGAAACUCGCUCCCCGAGGCUGCUCAGUCCGGAACAGCAGCAAGCUCAAGUGACGAGUCAGUUGGGUAAUGGAACGUUUAUUUUGCCCCAAACCUCUACGUCCCAAGCCGUGACGGCAGAUAUUUACGGUCAAAUCAACCAAGGUCAGCAAAGUAAUCCCACGAUUUCCGUUAUAUCCGGUCUUAAUAAUCAAACUAUUAAUUUGGGUAACUUGAAUAAUCAAGCUAUUCUGUCUAACAUCCCAGCAUCGAUGGGCAUAACGAUCAAUCAACUUCCGUCGGGUAUCCCCAUACAGACCUCCACCGGAACGCAACAGAUUCCUAUACAGGGAACCUUUCCGAAUCUUAGUGGAAAUAUGAUCAUUUCAAAUCAAGGGCAGAUCUUUGCUCAACCCAUGAAUUUUCAACAAUCUUUAGAUACAGCCCAGCCGACAUUUGUUCAAAACAAACAACGUUUCAUCCAACCUACACAAACUGCUCAAAUUCCACAAACAAUUACCCUUUCCAACAACGGGCUUAACGUUAUCCAGCAGCAACCACAGCAGCAACCGCAACAGCAACAGCAGCAGAUUAUUACCAUCGGUCCAAACGGCCAGCAACAGAUCGUCACAGUAGCAGCGUCCCCACAACCCCAACAACAGGCCACUAUUCUGCAAAACCACGCUCAAAAGAAGCAAUUGACAUACCCAACCGUAUCGCCUAAAAAACAAUCCUACUCGAAAAUACCGCACUCACCUACUCCGAUCAAGGCCAAACGAACAGUUCCCACCUCGACGGUUACUUCUAACCCCAAAACCAUUCAAAUCAAGAAACAGGAACCGAUCACCAUCCAACAGGCGGCAACUCCGCAGCCCCAGGCGAUUCAAGCUUUGACGGCGCAACCUCAGCAGCAGCAGCAGAUUCAACUUAUCAACACGUCUUAUCCACUGAUUCGACCCGCAAGCUCUGUAACACCGCAGCAGACCAGCGCCACUGCUGGAAAUCCAAUAAUUUUCCAACAAGCUAAUCAUCAACCCAUUAUCGUGCAGCAAGUUGGAGGUAAUCAAAUCUCCUACGUAACAGAUCAAAAUCCAGUUCAGUAUUUGGCCACACCAAAUGUCCUGACUCAGAAUGGAUUUGCCAUGGCCACUACAGGAGAGGGAACCCUUGCCGCAGUCGCUAAUAAUAUCCUUGUCCCAAAUGGAACGGGUGGUUAUUCGAUGAUCCCGGCGAGUGCUUUGCAGCUGACCACCCCACAGCCGCAGGUAAUUGGUACCAUCAUUCAACCACAAGCCACCACGAUUCAGUGUGGAAUGAUGUCCACCGAGCAGAUGGUUCUUGGAGCAGCUGCUCCCACACCGACACUGGAAAUGGUCACCGAUCCUACAUCCGGAUGUAUGUAUUUGACCAGUCCCUCCGUGUACUAUGGUCUGGAGACAAUCGUUCAAAACACAGUAAUGUCUUCACAACAGUUUGUCUCUACCGCUAUGCAAGGAGUGUUAAGUCAGAACUCAAGUUUCUCGGCAACUACCACGCAGGUGUUCCAGGCCAGCAAAAUCGAACCAAUCGUUGAAGUUCCCACGGGAUAUGUCGUACUGAACAACGAUGGCACAACAUCGCAACAAAGUUUAGCUCCGAUGCAACUUCAAAGUGCGGCAACCGCGGGCAUCAUUCAACAACAGGCACAAAUUCAGCCAUCGGUUACUCCAGCGCCACAUGCCCAAGCACUGCAGGCUACCGUUUCUGUCAGCCAGCCUGGAUCCAUACAAACCUGGAAGUUGGAACCCCAACAAAAUACAGUAGUCCAACACCAGCAGCAUCAUCAAUCGCAAACGACAGCCGUAAAUCCGCUAAAAUCCAACAGCGGUAUAAAAAGUAUUAUUCCCAAAUCUCAGCCGCAGCUAGUGAACAAGGUUAUGCCGAACCCGAUGAUUAAGACCAGCGCAUCGGAAUACAUCACCGCUCCCAUUGCAUCGUCUAGAAUGAACUUCCAACCCGUCAUGACGACUGCAGCCAUUUAUACAACUUCGGCGACCGCAUUGACCACUACGUCUAAGGUGUCCAAUGUUAUCAAACCAAUCACUAAGAGCUCGCAGCCUUUAAAUAAACCAAAAAUUAUUGCAAAACCAGUUAAACAGCGACAAACACUGCUUUCUCCACCGCUCAGUUCUCCGCAAUCCCCACAAAUGCAUCUCAACGCUCAGCAGCAGCAAAAGCCUAAUCAACAACACAAUGCUCAAAUAGGUUUACCGAUCACCAACAACAACCCGCAGUUGGUUCAAAUCAAACCAAGCAUCAACAACGAUAAACCAAUUGUUGUUGAUAAGGUAGUAUCCCAGCCCAUGGUCAAGAUUAGUUCGAAAAAUGUUGGAGAUUUCAUUUCGACUGUUAAUAACCAACCGCCAAAGCCAGUAUCGCUGUUGAAAAAACCCGACAUAAAAACUAUUUCUCGAGUGACCAACAAUUCAACGUUCCAAACAACCCAAGGACAAAUGCCACCGCAGCAGCCGCAAUGCAUUCAAAUCAACGUAAUUCCAACCAGCAACUUCAUGCCGAGCGUCGAACAACAACCUACGGCAGUACAAUCGACAGCGCAACCUCAACCUACGAAACCCAUGAUGUCAAUAACUGAUGCCAAGAAGAAACCCUCGCAGAUGACGAUGACACUGGCACCUAGCUGCUCGACAGCACCAUCUGCCGUGGGUUCACACACCAUAACCAACUCGUCGAUCACAAUAACCCCAACGCAAACCGCGAGCAUCACACUUCCGACGACUCCCUAUCUUAUGCCAUUGUACUCGAAUAUUCCCACAAACGUUGUCAACCCGAUACAACAAUCCAACAUGACAAACAACAACGUGAACAACAACAACGGUACCAACCCACCCGGAAUGGUGCAAAACCGGCCGACAAAUCGAGUCCUUCCGAUGCAAGCCUCCGCCAUUCUUCCGAAGUCGCCCGAAGUUCCACAGACGCCGCCUCCGUUGAAACUCCUGAACGCAAUGCCCGACAAGAUUGAUGACAUAUCAAUCAUCCCUAGCCAUACGUUCAGCCCAGAACAUCUCGCAGCAGGUCUUCAGCAGCCGGAUAAGUCUCCCCUCAAAGAACCACAGCUCGAGAUCGAAAUCAAACCCAUUGAAAUGCUUUCGCAUUCGUCACCACAUCAGGGUGAAGACCAGUUGGACGCAGCAAUCGAUCAACAUCACCAGCUGCAGCAGCAGCAACUGCACCACCAUCAGCAGCAACAACACCAACAACAAACCCCACAAUUUCAAUUUAGCUUAUCACUGGAACAUCACGAUUCCUUGAUGGGCACUCCGGUGAGCAGUGCUUCUCCGAUGGCGGAAAUUGAAAUUAAACCACUUGAUGUGGUCUCGUCAAUGCCGACGCUCGCCGAAACUGAGGAAAUGCUCGCUGAUAGUAUGCAGCAAGAGGUAGAUCCCCUGGAUUCCGCCAGCAGUGUCAAUUCACCCAGCCUAACGAACGAUGAGUCCGAAUCUCCGGAAAUCAAAAACAAAAUAUCGGAAAUUCUUGAUAACCUCGAGCAACAAACAAACGAGGAAGACGCUUACAGUGAAUGCCAAAAUUCCGACAGUACGGAAUUGUUGCUGAAAAUCGAAAACGAACAAGUCCUGGAAGCGUCAUCCAGUCCGAUCAAAAGUCAACAGGAACAGCAACUGGUUGAGGAGCUGAACCAAGAACUACAAGCCGCCAGUGCGCACGCAUCACCGGCUGGUUCGUCGCCGUCAUCAACAGGCUGCGAAUUGAUCAUCCCACCAAUAUUCGAAUCCUCCGACCCAAAGAAGGAUGACGAUUCUGGGUACGAAGCCGAACAAAAGGACAGCUACGGCCGCGCAUCGAACAUUACCAGUCCAACGCCCAGCUCUAGCAGUAAUCCAUUGACAAGCUGUAGCAGUGAAUCGCAAACGGAAACGUUGAUCAAAGUCAAGAGCAAUGAACAACUCACCGGCAAAGGCCCAUCGCCACCUCCUCCGAAAACCAACAGUCCAAAGUUGCUGUACGAAAUUCAAUCGCAAGACGGUUUCACCUACAAAUCAACGUCGAUUGUGGAAAUUUGGGACAAAUUGUUCGAAGCAGUUCAAAUAGCUCGUAAAGCACAUGGUCUCCAGCCGCUUCCCGAAGGACAGCUGGAAGAGAUGGCCGGUGUGCAAAUGCUUGGAUUGAAAACCAACGCCAUGCGAUAUCUGUUAGAGCAGUUGCCGGGUGUGGAGAAAUGUUCUCAGUACAAACCGCAGUAUCAUCACAAAAAGGCAGCUUCGUCCGUCGGCGACGGUGCAUCUGCUGCAACGCUGGGCGGUAUUUCAUCCAUUUAUGCCGAUUAUUUUGACAUCAUCAAGGAAAAUCCGUACGGUGCGGCUCGCUGCGAACCAUAUAGCGCUCGCUCCGAGUACGAUAUGUUCAGCUGGCUUGCUUCGCGACAUCGUAAACAACCGAUGCCAGUAGUGGCGCAAAGCAUCGACGACACGAUAAUUCCAAGGCGAGGUAGCGGAAGUAAUCUGCCGAUGGCAAUGCGCUAUCGAACGCUGAAGGAAACUUCGAAAGAAUCGGUGGGCGUUUAUCGGUCGCAUAUUCACGGUAGAGGACUUUUCUGCAACCGUGAUAUCGAGGCGGGUGAAAUGGUAAUUGAAUACGCAGGCGAACUCAUUCGGUCAACCUUAACGGAUAAGCGAGAACGGUAUUACGACAGCCGCGGCAUCGGAUGCUACAUGUUCAAAAUCGAUGAAAAUUUCGUCGUUGAUGCAACCAUGCGUGGGAAUGCAGCUCGUUUCAUCAACCAUUCGUGUGAGCCAAACUGCUACUCGAAGGUCGUUGACAUAUUGGGCCACAAGCAUAUCAUCAUUUUCGCAUACCGAAGAAUCGUUCAAGGAGAGGAGCUUACGUAUGAUUACAAGUUUCCAUUUGAGGAUGUGAAAAUUCCUUGCUCGUGUGGCUCGAAGAAAUGCCGGAAGUAUUUAAACUAGUAUCGUCUACCAGGCUGUGCAAUGACAAACGGUAAUACAGGAUCAAAAAACGAACAGCAAUAAGCAAUACAAUGUUACAGGACGAUAAAGCUGUGUAGCUGACUGCCGGUUUAACAUGAAACAAAGAAUGGUGCUGCAGGAAAGACGCCCCGAACAAACUAACCGCGAUUGUGAAAUUUGUCAUACAUCACAAAAACAUACAACUAAUAGCGAAUCGCAAUAGUGUAUUUUUCGGAAUCUGCACGUCUAACUCGUACAUUUGUGUUGCAUAACAAAAAGCAUAUGCAAUGAUGUAUUAUAAGAUUAGUAAGUAUCAAUUGUAAUUAGUUCCACAUAAUGUUUACAAUAGUUGCUCUGUUAGUUUUUAACUAAUACUACUCCAUCGUAUGUAAAAAUUCAGACAUGAGUGUGCUUUGAUGAAUCAAACAAUAGAAACAAGAAUCGCGUUGAACUUUUCUGCAUAAUCUGUAUUACAACAACAUUAGAGCUACAUUUUACAUGAAACUGACUUACUGAGACUGUGGAUACUUUGUUUUAAGAUAGUGGUACCCAAUAUUGUAUUAGUAGCUAAAAUCACAACAUAUUUCAAACGUAGUAAAAUUUUACAAUAAACGUACUUGACUAAUUCAACAUAAAUUUUAAUAGCUGUCACGCAUACAGAAGCGGAAAACUGUAAAACAAUGAUGUACAAAUCAAAAUCUUAUUACCAUAAAUUCUACAGUUACAUCCCAGUAUCCAGUAGUAGAGUAAUGGUUUUGAAAUCUCGGUUGGAACACUUAGUAAAGCAGAAGUCCUUAAGACGAACCAAACUCCGGCUCUAUAGACUGAGCUGUUUUAAUGAAGGCAAGUUUUAAAAACAUUAAACAUCUAUUGCCAUUGCUACUGAACUUCACAGUCGAGUGGGUGACAUCUGCGUUGUACUAGAGCCGUAAAAGAGGCCCGAUUUUAAACAGAUAAUCCACUCUAGUAAAUCUGUAUUGUCUACCUGCAUUAUGGUUGUAGUAUUGCUGUUUAACCAACGCAUUUUUCAAACCGUACCGCAAAGAAAUUCGGCACACAGAUUAAAUAAAAUUGAUUGUAAUGUAAAUAUGUAGGAAUCAAUUUUAAGGCAUCGAUUCAGACACGGUUGUUCUAUACGCUUUUACAUUACCUAAUUAGCUUACACGUGGAUGUACAUUCUAAGACCACUUAUUUAUGAAAACUUAGCCAUAAGAAACGUCAGUUCGAUUUAAAUUUAAUCAGUCAGACGGAAAUCGCUGCAAGCUAUUUCCUAAUUUAUUCUACUCUCGUCGAUGAACAUAAACCUGACGCAGUAUCAUUGAACGUUAUCUUGCCAUUUCCGUUAAAUUUGUGUUUAUUUAAUCUUUUUUCUAUUAGUGCGUAUUGGAACGUAGUAAAACAUUCAAUGUUUUUAAGCAGUCAUUACAGUCGAACAGGUGUGAAAUGUUCGCUGUCACUAGUUUUUAGUAAUUAUUUAUAACAGAAUACGAGGAGCCUAACUUUGAUAAUAUACAUGAUAGUCAUUGUCCUUUGUAUAUUCGUAGUCUAAUAAGCUCUCCCUAGUUGUAGUUGAAAGGAAAUAAUCAAAAACCGAGAGCUCAAUGCGAGCUUCACAGUCGGUGACCUGCUCGAGUCUUCAAUAUCCAGCGAACGCGUCGUGAAAUCGAACGAAGAGACUGUGCAGCAGUCGCUACAAGUGGUGAAGUGGAAACAAAUGUGAUACUAAUGAAAAGUUAUUUGAAACCUAACUUAAUUGCUACAGAAGUACAUUUAACAGAAAAAUCUUCGAAAUAGUGAAAAAGAUAUUACUAAAUAUAACAAGACACAAUAAAUAGCACGCAUAGUGUAAAAUUUGCGCUUCUACAAGCAACUACACAAAGGAACUCUACACAUACAGAAAUCCUUUUGCGACAAGUGUCGAAGCUAUCGUAUAAGUAUUAGGAGUCUUAUAUUCGUAAUGUGUAGGCUCGUUCAUGCAGUUUCGCGUAGAACUAUUUCUCUCAAACAGACACAAUACAACACAACACACACACAUACACAUAAGCGAAUGCACCUGUAUGGGUUGCAACAAGCAAAGUCCUGCAAAAUAUGGGAAAUUUAAAUGUGUACAUUUUGGCUUUACUACUAUUACAAAACUACUACUUAGGAAUGUAAUUGCAGUUUAUUAAGUUUAGUUCUUCUCAUUCAAAGUAUUAUGUUGAAAUAAAAUGGUAAACAU